AUGCGGUGUUACAUUCAGCAGCCAAGCAUGCAGGACGUGCAGUGUUAUAUACAGCAGCCAAGCAUGCAGGACGUGCAGUGUUAUAUACAGCAGCCAAGCAUGCAGGAUGUGCGGUGUUAUAUACAGCAGCCAAGCAUGCAGGACGUGCCGUGUUACAUUCAGCAGCCAAGCAUGCAGGACGUGCAGUGUAACAUUCAGCAGCCAAGCAUGCAGGACGUGCGGUGUUAUAUACAGCAGCCAGGCAUGCAGGACGUGCGGUGUUAUAUACAGCAGCCAGGCAUGCAGGAUGUGCAGUGUUACAUUCAGCAGCCAAGCAUGCAGGAUGUGCAGUGUUAUAUACAGCAGCCAGGCAUGCAGGAUGUGCGGUGUUAUAUACAGCAGCCAGGCAUGCAGGACAUGCAGUGUUACAUUCAGCAGCCAAGCAUGCAGGACGUGCAGUGUUAUAUACAGCAGCCAAGCAUGCAGGACGUGCAGUGUUAUAUACAGCAGCCAAGCAUGCAGGAUGUGCGGUGUUAUAUACAGCAGCCAGGCAUGCAGGACGUGCAGUGUUACAUUCAGCAGCCAAGCAUGCAGGAUGUGCAGUGUUAUAUACAGCAGCCAGGCAUGCAGGAUGUGCGGUGUUAUAUACAGCAGCCAGGCAUGCAGGACAUGCAGUGUUACAUUCAGCAGCCAAGCAUGCAGGACGUGCAGUGUUAUAUACAGCAGCCAAGCAUGCAGGACGUGCAGUGUUAUAUACAGCAGCCAAGCAUGCAGGAUGUGCGGUGUUAUAUACAGCAGCCAAGCAUGCAGGACGUGCCGUGUUACAUUCAGCAGCCAAGCAUGCAGGACGUGCAGUGUAACAUUCAGCAGCCAAGCAUGCAGGACGUGCGGUGUUAUAUACAGCAGCCAGGCAUGCAGGACGUGCGGUGUUAUAUACAGCAGCCAGGCAUGCAGGAUGUGCAGUGUUACAUUCAGCAGCCAAGCAUGCAGGAUGUGCAGUGUUAUAUACAGCAGCCAGGCAUGCAGGAUGUGCGGUGUUAUAUACAGCAGCCAGGCAUGCAGGACAUGCAGUGUUACAUUCAGCAGCCAAGCAUGCAGGACGUGCAGUGUUAUAUACAGCAGCCAAGCAUGCAGGACGUGCGGUGUUACAUUCAGCAGCCAGGCAUGCAGGAUGUGCAGUGUUAUAUACAGCAGCCAAGCAUGCAGAACGUGCAGUGUUAUAUACAGCAGCCAAGCAUGCAGGACGUCCGGUGUUAUAUACAGCAGCCAGGCAUGCAGGACGUGCGGUGUUAUAUACAGCAGCCAGGCAUGCAGGACGUGCAGUGUUAG